CACUACCUGUCGAUGUCAUUAAUACUUAUCGUUGUAGCUGUGUCUACUUCUGUUCACUCUGCUCAUGUCAUGGUUCCUUCGUGUCACAAAGGUGCAAGCGAGGGUUGUCUCUCUGCAGUGAUGGACGGCAUCAAAAAAUACUUGGCGGUGCGAGGGGACCGUUGGCCCUGGACCAGGACGGACGACACGCCGACUGAGUCCAGCCCGCUUAUACCCAAGGGGGAUGCUAAUGAGAUUGCCGACAGGACCACCGAGCCCCACCAAGUGGUUGUGAUUGACGAGCAAGAGCCUGGAUCCAAGGCGAUCCACCCCCCUUACAACAGAUAUUCUUUCAUUGACUACUUCCUCAAGUACCUCCUGGUUCUAAGCAACUUGAUGUUCUCUGUCCUGGGCCUGCUUCUCCUCAGCUUGGGGUUGUGGGGCCUCAUCAGCAAAGAAUCUUUAUCCCAGGAGAGGAUCGGGAGCCUUGGCACCGACCCCAUGCUGGUACUGGUGACCUUGGGCUUCUUGCUGACGGUGCUCUGCCUGACGGGCUGCGUGGGCGCCUUGCGGGAAAACAGCUUCCUACUGAAGGUGUUCUCCGGAGCGUUGCUGGUGCUCAUUACGGCCCAGGUGCUGGUCGUCAUCGUGUUAUAUAACACCCAAGAGGAGAUCGGCAACGUUCUGCGGUCAGGAAUGUUGGCCGCCAUGGCCGGCUACCAGGACGAUCUGGAUCUAAGGUUCAUCACCGAUGAGAUCCAGUCCAAUCUUCAGUGUUGUGGGGCGGACACGUACCGGGACUGGGAGAUUAACAUAUACUACAACUGCUCCGCUCCAGGAAUUUUGGCCUGCGGCGUUCCGGCCACGUGCUGCCUGGACCCGAUGGAAAACGGAACCGUGUGGAACUCUCAGUGCGGCUUGGAUGCUCAAACGUUGGAUGAGUUCAGCGCUCAGAGUGUGAUCUUCCUGGGAGGAUGUUUGGGGGGAAUGUCGCGGUGGGUGCAGCAGCACGAGGGACUGAUCGGGACCGUAAUCGUGGCCGUACUGGUCGUGCAGAUCCUGACCGUGUUUGUGACCGUGCGACUCCAAGAGAGGAUCCGCUGGCAUAAACUCUACGCCUAACAGGACAUGAUGGACGCGAUGUUUUUCAAUGUGUUCCAAGGCAAAAAGGAAUUGCAGAUCCAGCACAGUUACAUGAAUGGUCAAUAUUUAUUUUCAAUAGGACAGCACACCUUCAUAAAGUUAAAGUUAAAGAACCACUGAUAGUCACACACACACUUGGUGUGGUGAAAUUACCCUCUGCAUUUGACCCAUCCCCUUGUUCCACUGCCUGGGAGGUGAGGGGAGCAGUGAGCAGCAGCGGUGGCCGCCCUCAGGCAUCAUUUUGGUGAGUUAACCCCCAAUUCCAACCCUUGAUCCUGAGUGCCAAGCAGAGCGGUAAUGGUUCCUAUUUUUAUAGUCUUUGGUAUGACUCUGCCAGGGUUUGAACUCACGACAUAUCAAUCUCAGGGCGGACACUCUAACCACAAGGCCAAUGAGUGGUCUCGCAAGGCCACGGAGUUGUAAUUCAACUAAUAUUUCAACAUGUCAAAAAAGGAGCAAGAAGCAGAGUUAAUUUAGCCUACCUGUUCUCAUUCACGUCGCGGCAAUAACUAAGUUCAUAACUUCCUGUGUUUACCAUGAACCAGGUUGCCAUGUUCUAUUUGGGAAAGAAGUAAUCAAGAAUGUGUUUUAUCUUAGUAAAGUUUAUAGAAAUUGUGAAUAUAGUAGCUUAUUCUCCAAGAAUGACCAAAGAAAACAUGUAUUACAAAUUGACAGAGACAAUGUAUAGUAUUUAAAAGUAAGUAAAGGAUAACAUUAUAUUAAUAAAAUGGAAAUUUAUUGGAAUUUCAUUUAAAAAGUACAGCAUUUUUCAGUGCAACCUUACUAGAAGCUGACAUGGGAUAGACAGGGGUAGACAGAACAGGAAGCUGAUGGGUCACCACUGGUGGCUCAGUUUGAGCCCCCGCCCCACAUAAAAAACCUUGAACAAAGCACACAUAAAGCACACAUGCAUUAAACAUAGUCAUGUUUAAUGCAGCUAAUAUUUUCCCAUGAGACGCUUUGGGUUUUUCAUCUUAUGUCCGCGGGUAAACUCUUUGUUUCACCUUGAAGGCGUCGUAUUAUCCGCCUAGGGGUAUAACAUACUGCCUUUCUGUGGAGUAGGCCAAAUCUGUUUGGAACAACAGUUGUAUUUCUUUCUGGGCGAAAGGGGCUGGUUUCGUUUUACAUAAACUGACUCUUUUUGUUGGAAUUUAGACCUCUUCUUGCUGAUACCAUUGUUGCGUCAUAAGGGCUGGUCUCCUUAAGCUUCAGUAAAACUUGGCCAAGUACUCCUCUGUCUCAGUGGUAAAUCUUACUCAACAUAUUACGGCACACAGAACUCGAGACUUGCAACUGGGGCCAGGGGCGGGCAUCCGACCCGAAACUGCUCCAGUGUCCAUCAGACCGCGGGGGGUGAAGCGACAAAGGCGUAGGUUACAAGAAGGGAAACAUCGAAGAACACGAGAGACAUAAAAAAAAAAACAAUUAAAUAGCUAAAUCAACCAGCUGCUUCUUUAGUAAAACGCAACAAAAUAAAGGAACAAACAUUGACAAAAAACUAAAAAUUAUAGUGAGCAAUACCUUAAUUAAAUAAUAAAUACAUUAAAUCAGGUGUAGGGAACCUAUGGCUCUAGAGCCAGAUGUGGCUCUUUUGAUGACUGUAUCUGGCUCUCAGAUAAAUAUUAGCUGACAUUGCUUAACACGAUAAGUAAUGAAUAAUGCCGCUGGUAAUCACGAUGUUAAAAAUACCAUUCAAAAUAUAAACCAUUCUCAUGCAUUUUAAUCCAUCCAUCCAUCCGUUUUUCUACUGCACCUGUUCAAGAAAUUCGAAGAUUCAAGAUUGUUUAUCGUCAUAUGCACAGUUAAACAGACAGUUUGCCCUAAAAUGAAAAUCUUACUUUGUUUCACAAUGUUACAAUGUUUUUCAAAAGAAUUAGAGACUUAUUAUACUCUAAAAAUUAUGGUUUUACUUAAAAAAAUGCACGCAUUUAGUUGUAUUCGGUGUUAAAAAAUAUGAUAUGGCUCUCACGAAAAUACAUUUUAAAAUAUUUGGCUUUCAUGGCUCUCUCAGCCAAAAAGGUUCCCGACCCCUGCAUUAAAUAAUAAGUUAAGGAGUAACAACUGACAAACUGUCAUGAUACUGUGAGAAUGAGAUAUAUUUUUAAGUCUUCUUUUUAAAUCAAUAGUCAUGUUUAAUGCAGCUAAUAUUUUCCCAUGAGACGCUUUGGGUUUUUCAUCUUAUGUCCGCGGGUAAACUCUUUGUUUCACCUUGAAGGCGUCGUAUUAUCCGCGUAGGGGUAUAACAUACUGCCUUUAUGUGGAGUAGGCCAAAUCUGUUUGGAACAACAGCUGUAUUUCUUUCUGGGCGAGAGGGGCUGGUUUCGUUUUACAUAAACUGACUCUUUUUGUUGGAAUUUAGACCUCUUCUUGCUGAUACCAUUGUUGCGUCAUAAGGGCUGGUCUCCUUAAGCUUUAGUAAAACUUGGCCAAGUACUACCCUGUCUCAGUGGUCCAUCUUACUCAACAUAUAUGUCAUCCAAUGUGUGUAUGUGUUUUAUUCCCAGAAAAGAAGACAGGUUGCGCGUAACAAUACCUUAUGCAACUAGGUCUGUUCUCUGGCCCUCAACAAAGGAGGAAGCAUUAUCCCUCUCCCUUAUCUCUAGUGCUUUAAUUC